AUUCAAACAGUUCUCUCUUCAGCUCUUUUCUCUAAUCUCCCUUAGUCAUUGGCCUUUGCCACCAAUCGUAGACAAAAAAGGAGAAGCCUGAAUAUUUUUAGUCAUUCCCGUUGCCAUCAAUCCUAGAUUAAAAAAGGAGAAGCGUGAAACUUUUUCGCCACGAAUUGAGCUAGCUAGUGAUGGCUAUAGAGAUUGAGCAGCCUUCUGUUGGGCUAUCAAAGAUAGCUGUUUCUGAUACUCAUGGAGAAGACUCUCCAUACUUUGCAGGCUGGAAAGCAUAUGAUGAAGACCCUUAUAAUCAAUCAACUAACCCUUCUGGUGUCAUACAGAUGGGGCUGGCAGAGAAUCAAGUUUCAUUUGAUUUGUUGGAAAUGUACUUGGAAGAGCACUCAGAAGCUUCCAACUGGGGAUCAAAAGGAGUGCCUUGCUUUAGAGAAAAUGCCUUGUUUCAAGAUUACCAUGGCCUUGUGUCUUUUAGAAAGGCAAUGGCAAGUUUCAUGGGACAAAUCAGAGGAGGAAGAGCCAAAUUUGACCCUGAUAGAAUUGUCCUAACUGCAGGUGCAACAGCAGCCAAUGAGCUUUUAACUUUCAUUAUAGCUGAUCCUGGUGAUGCUUUGCUUGUACCAACCCCGUACUAUCCAGGAUUUGAUAGAGAUUUAAGGUGGAGGACUGGUGUGAAUAUUGUACCAAUUCACUGUGGCAGCUCAAACAAUUUCCAGAUUACUCCUCAAGCUUUGGAAGCUGCAUACGAAGAUGCAGAGGCCAAGAACAUGAGAGUGAGAGGAGUACUAAUCACAAAUCCUUCAAACCCUUUAGGUGCAACAAUCCAAAGGGUAGUUCUUGAAGAGAUUCUUGAUUUUGUUACCUCCAAAAACAUCCAUCUUGUCUCUGAUGAAAUCUAUUCGGGGUCCGCCUUCUCAUCCUCUGCAUUCGUGAGCAUUGCAGAGAUUCUUGAAGCCAGGCAGUACAAGAAUUCAGAAAGAGUUCACAUUGUUUAUAGCCUUUCCAAAGACCUUGGCCUUCCGGGAUUUAGAAUUGGCACCGUGUACUCGUACAAUGACAAGGUUGUAACAACAGCAAGAAGGAUGUCAAGCUUCACCUUAAUAUCUUCUCAAACACAACAUCUCUUGGCUUCCAUGUUGUCUGAUAAGGAAUUCACUGAAAAUUACAUAAAGACAAACAGAGAGAGACUGAGGAAGAGAUAUGAUAUGAUCAUUGAAGGGUUGAAGAAAGCUGGGAUUGAGUGUUUGAAAGGAAAUGCUGGGUUGUUUUGCUGGAUGAAUUUAAGUCCACUCUUGGAGAAACGAACAAGAGAAGGUGAACUGGCUCUUUGGGACUCUAUGCUGCAUGAAGUGAAGCUAAAUAUAUCUCCAGGCUCUUCUUGCCACUGCUCUGAACCAGGUUGGUUUAGGGUGUGUUUUGCCAACAUGAGUGAGCAGACACUUGAAGUUGCUCUCAAAAGAAUACAUAAUUUCAUGGAACGAAGAGAGAGAAGUUGGCAUCUAUUUUCCUGUCUUUGAUCUUUUAUCUUUGAUCUUUUUUUGAAUGGUUCUACCCAUUUUGAUUCUU